AUGCCCUCCUCGCACUUCACAACCGCCAACCACCAAAACACGCACGCAUACGGAUGUUGUGCCCCCCAGGCGGGUCUCUGUCUGUUGGGUAUGGCGUGGCGAGCAGCCGCCGGCGGCUCCCACUCCCAGCUUCAGACCAUGAUCCUGGACACCCCCCGGCUGAUGGAGCUACUAGCUGAGCGUAUGGAGCAGGACAAGGAGGAGAAGGAGCAGGGGGGCUGCUUCGACGUGCUGUGGGCGAUGCGGGAGGUGGCGGCAGAUGCGGGGGGGUUAGCCGCCCUGGAGCGAUGUGGUGCAUUGCAGGCCGCAUGCAGGGCACUGAAGCGCCUUGUUGUUGCUGCUGCUGCUGCUCAAGGCGACGGCGGGGGCGGGGGCGGCGGGGGCCCGGUUGGGGUAAGGGGCCCACUACCUGAGCGGACUGGUGCUGGUGCUGGUGCUGGUGCUGGUGCCCCGGCAGGAAUGGAGAAGGUGGCGAAGAGGGGCUCCAAGCGGGCGGGCGUUACGGAGGGCGGAGCGGUGGUGGAGCUCGCGGCGGAGGGAGUACUGCUGGCAGGGGUUGGUUGGGGUGGCGGCGGCACCGCUGCUGUUGUGGUGGUGGCGGCGGAGCGUGCCGCUGUCGAUGCUGCCAGUGUGCUGUGGCAGCUGAUGGCCAGCGGCACGGUGCAUCCGGAGGUAUUGUUUUGUGAUCUGGAGGCGCACCUGGUGUCGGUUCUUGGGAGCCCCAGGGCGGCGGCGGUGGACUCAGAGCGCCCGGCGGCACUGCACCUGGCAGUGCUCGGACUAGUGUCAUGUCUGGCACGCUGUACGGCAGUCGCGCGGCGGCUGUGGACAUCACCGCUGCUGCCGGCGGUGAUGAAGGCGCACGGGCUGGCGCGGUGGCGCUGUGCUGACGGUGGCACGGAGGCGUGGACGCCUGUGGUGGAGUGCGUGCGGGGUGUAUGCCAGACGUUGUGUCGUGCGUGCCACACUGUGGAUCGUGGUUUUGUAGUGGGGCCGGACAAGCGGGUGGAUAAAUGGGGCCUUACGGAGCGGUUGUUGGUUGAGGUCAGAUGCACGUUGCAGUACGAUGAACAGGAAGACGCAAUAAUGCUGGUAGCCAAGAAGGAGGAGGUGGCUGGGGCUGGAGGCCGACUGGCUGAGUACGACGAUUAG